AUGUCCAGCGGAAUGCCCAGCGGGAUGUCCGGUGAGAUGCUGGCAUCGUUGAUCUUCGGACUGGUCAACAACACCUGCGUGACCACGGUGAUUGGUCUGUUUGGCAUCGUCGCCAACAUCUUCAACAUGAUUGUCUUCUUCAAGCAAGGGUUGUACAGCUCCAUCAACAUCAGCCUCUUCUUCAUGUCCAUCUCCGACACAUUCACCAUCAUCUUCAUCGAAUGGCUAAACAUCUGCUACAAUCCUUACAUCGACAACUUGAAGGCGCCCGUGUCCUUCACCGAGCUCUAUUACAUCACAGGAGGCUGGCCUUCCGGUUUCUCGUGUCGAGUCACUUUAUAUAUUACUGUCUACAUCACCACAGAAAGAUGCCUCUGCAUUUUAUUUCCCCUGACUAUCAAAACGCUGGUCACGCCUAGAAGGACUAAGAUCAUUAUCGCGUUUAUAAAUCUGUUCAACGCGUUAACGCUCGUCCCAGAAUAUUCGUCGAUAUAUCUCUCCUGGCAAUACAACAUGGCUAGAAACGGGAGCAUACUCGGAUUAGCCUACAGAAGCAACAGGGCCGAUACUCAAGGGAUAACAUUCCUGCUGCACGUCAUUCUGAUCGUUUCCGGUCUCUUCAGCGUCAUCGUGCUGACGUCAGUUCUCGUCAUACAUCUCCGACGCCAGACAAAAUGGCGGAUGAAGAACAGCUCGGAAAACAAGCUGAACUCUUCCAUGUCGUCGCGUGACCGGAAGUCUGUGGUUCUGGUCAUCGCGGUGGCUACCUUCGUGGUCGUCUCCUACAUCCCGAUGACCUCAGUGGCACUGGUCAGCGUCUUCGUGUCAGAGUUCUACAUAGGCGGGAGGUUUUCGAAAGAAUUCGUGGACACCUGGGCGCUCAUCAUGCUAUUCGGCAUGACCAACGCUAGUGCAAAUAUUAUCAUCUACUACAAAAUGAAUUCCAAGUUUAGAGCCACGUUUAAAGAAGUUAUCCUCAAACAAACGAAACAAUAA